CUGUCAACGUCAAGAGCCAGGAAGUUCUUUCUUCUGGUUUAAUCUCUGUUAUUAUUAUGUUUUUCUAUAAUAAAAAAAUUGGAUUUGGAAAAGAAGAGCUAGGGGUUGUCUCUUUUGAAAUACAUAUAAAAUGCAGCUCUGUCUUUAGCAAGUAAAUUCUUGUGAUGAACUGCUAUCAGAGAUUUUCCAACUCCCAGCGAUUUCCAUUAUUCAAUAAGGUCUGUUUGAAUUCUCUAUGCUUUUCUUUUAAAAAGAAAUGGAUUAACUGUUAUAUAUUAUACCUGCCUGUUCUCUUUCUUUCAUUCUUUCUUUUUAUUUUAUUUUUUUAGGUUAAUUAGAUUUCAUUAUUUGGAGUAUAUACACAAAGGAAUUAUAGAAUUUCUAUCUUUCAUGUUUCUGUUUUAAGUUCAUCUCGCUGUUUUUCUUUUAAGCAAGAAUAAGAACGCUGUUUUUUUCUUUUAAUCACUCAAUCUAUUUCUUUCACUCUUGAUGGAAACCGCAUACAAUUUGCAGGGAUUCAGUAAAUACGUAAUUGAUAAUGGGGGAAUCACCGGAGGGGCUCCAGGAAGUGGAAUCUGAUAUAGCGAAGGCUAUUAUACUGAAAGAAAUGAGUAUCCUGGCCAAGUCGAAGACAUUGAAGGAUGUCUUAAAUGAUUUGAGACGAGUAGACAAAAUGACAAUGGCAUUGAAUGGUGAACCUGUAGAGGAAUAUCGUCUAGCAAAAGACAUACAAGAUAUAUUGAGAUGCAUUAUGAUGGAGUUGAAGGGUUUACAUGAUAAAAAGAAGAUACAUGGAUCGUUGUCUACGGAAACCAUUGUUGCUUGGAAGGAAAAAUUAGGCGUAAUUGAUGGUGUUACAGAGUAUAAGUGGGAAGUAAAGUUACUAUGUUCUUAUGAUUGUGGCGAUGGGCAAUAUAAAAAGGACAUGGAGGGUUUGAUAAAUCUGAUUGAUGAAAUUCUCCAACACCAACCCAUCCCCAAAGAUGUAGCCCAUCUUAAGGAUAUGCUGGAAAAAGGGAUGAGCACUGCAUUUCUAUGUCUCCAUCCAUGCUUAUGGACGUCAAUGCAAGAGAUGAUAAACGUUGAACAAAUGAGAAUGGCUCAUAAGAAAGCAGAGUCUCAUAAAUAUGAGAUAGAAGUUGGAGCUCAAGGAGUACCGAUGAAAAUUACUCAGAAUUGGGAUAAAAAGAUUCCACCUGGGUCAUUUCUUGUAAAAGUUAAAAGAAAAGGAAAUUAUGACCACCUUCGAACUCCUGCUUUAAAAAUGUUAUAUUUCAUGAGAGACGUAUACAAUCAUGCCAAAACAACAGAAGGGGAAGAACACUUCGACUGCAAGAAAUUACAAGAAACACUUUACUGCAUUUACCCGGAGUUCAUGAGUAAUUUUGUGGAACAAAUUUUUGGCAUAAAACAAAUGCGAGAUGCUCUUCAAGAUGGAUGACUCGGUGGAAGAUGAUUGAUAAAGGUUGAUCGUGUUAUUCUUCAUCUCUAAGUGCAUCGACUAACUGCAGUGUAGGAUUAUGAAAUUAAGGUGGAUCCCACGAGGAUAAUAUCUAAUCAUUGUUUAAGAAAUAUGUAAAAUAAUUUUUAAAAGAUUUUAUAAGAAAAAAUUAUAAAAUAAUUAA